AUGACAUCUUUUUCUUCCUCUUCUUCGACAGGAGGCAUAACAUCUUCUUCGUCCUCUUCUUCGACAGGAAGAGUGCGUGAACAGGCCAAUGCACAUCCACAGCAAAUCGUGUAUGCUGUGAUCACAGCUCGUAGAUGCGACGAAAUCGAAAAGCUGUGCGAAGUCAGUCUCGCUCGCGGGAACUUCGCCGAAGUCGCGCAAUGCCUGCUUCAAAAAGUUGCCGCUCGCGAGGCCUGCGCUCUGAGUGGGGGACGAACCAAGGGUGCUGGGAUCGCACGACACGAGACUUUUACUACUACGGUCCGCGACUUUACCAGAUUAGAAGAGGCUGGAGGCGGCGGCUUCGGGUCUCAGCCUCGUGGAGGCUUGUCAUCUAGUACGGAAGCAGGAUCAACAGCUGCCCAUGGCGGAUUUCUAGCAGGUGGAGGAAAGGAGUUGCAGGUCACAGAUGUCGUGGUUGACGAUGGCACACCAGUAGGGAGAAAAUCCACGCCAGUAGGGGGAAAACAGCAGCCGCCCCCGUCAGGAGUUGGCAGUGGCGCCUCGAGUGUCGCUGCGCGUCCAUUGCUCGAGUCAUCAAGUCCGAGUGGUUCGCCUCGGCGGCGGAUGACGUAUUUGUACGGCGACGGAGAUUACGUCUUCCACCUAAUGUUGCAAGAUUGUGACGGGCAGCAGGCUGUUUUUCUAUGUCUCGCGCAUCGAGGAGCAGGACGGCGAGUUCCCUUUGCUUUCUUGGACGCUUUAGCCAACGAAUGCGAGCACCAGGCUCAAAUACUACACCCAGAACAAGUUCGAGCGUUGCUCUCGAAAUACAACAGUUCGGAUGCAGACACCUUGAAGAGGUACUUACAAAAACCUGUGAAGAUGUCUAAUGAUCACACUUCAUCGCGUGAUCCUCAUUUGCUUGUUCUUUUGAGUGAGUUGUAACAGGUGAGUAACCAGGACGCUGACUCAACAAAAACAAUACAAUUGCAAAUCCCUUCUCAGGAUCCGUGCAGAAAUUUGCAAUUUGCAAGAGCUGAUGGUCGAGAACAUCGAUAAGAUUUUAGUUCGUGGCGAAAAAAUUGAGCUUUUAGUCGAAAAGACGGAAGGUAUGUCGGAUGCAGCUCUCGUUUUUCGCCGUGAGGCUGCCGCACUACAGAGGGUCAUGUGGUGGCGGAACUGCCGCGUCGCCGCAAAAAUUGCCGCCAUCAUUGUCGCACUGAUUUUCCUCCUCCUGUGGUCACAUUGCGGAGUCACUUUCCAGCAUUGCUAGACACAAGCUUCGUCGCAUUACCAAUUUUCCCAAGCUGCCAGACCUGAGUAAAGGUGCGGACUGCUGCCAGGCGAAGCGGUGACAGAAGAUGAACGAGACCACUAUUUCUAUCUUCACAAUUAAGUCUUUCUACGAAGAUCGCUACGAAUAGCAACAUCGAUUGCUACGACCAGCAGCUAGUUUCUACGAUUGCUACGACUAGCAGCUUACUACACGAACUACAGCAACAUCUUCAGGGACCACGCAAAUACGUGGGCAUGGCGCGGAACCUUCUUCCGAUUCUGGAGCCAUUUUUCGGUUCCGGCACAUCUCGAGUCGCCUUGUAGCACCGUUGCUGGGUCCCAGUGCGGCUCCAGCUAGCGGGCGCGUGUAACUAGCUACGAACCCUGAGCCCUUUCUAUCGCAAAGAAGAACUGAGCGGACGGAUUCAUCGCAAAGAAGAAGUGAGCGUCCUGCGCUAAUCGAUAGGCGGAUUCAAGAACAAGAGCUGUCCUCCUGGAGCUCACGGGAAGUGGACUUUCAAGCCCAUAUCGCGUAGCUGGAAUCGGAAUGCUGCAUCUUCAACGUGGCCAACAAGAGGUUGAUCAUGCAAAGGAGAACACCCCAUAGGCAGCAGAUUUUGCAAUUUCAAUAUGCACAGUUGUAUUACAGCUAAGCAACUAAGACUAGCCAUUCGUUGCACCAAUCGAAUAUAGAAAUAGAAGGACAAUUCAUGGGGAGAAUCCAUCAACGACUGAGUCCCAAUUUUGCAAUAAUCUACCUCAUUUAGUGAUAGAAAGACCAUUCUGCUAUUGAGGAACUCUCUUCGGG